CUGGGCUUGUAGGGGAGAUCAAGCUGUGGGGGGGGGGGCUCCCUGUGCGGACCCGCUCUCCCUGGCGCUGUGUAGCUUUGCCUGUGAUUCUGCCUGUAGCUUUGCCUGAAGCUUUGCCUGCUGAUUUGCCUGUAUACCACCGUCUACGUUGCGCCGUUGCCAUCCAAACAAGACCGUACCCAAAGUAACACGCAAUGACGGAAAAGGACUACCUUCCUGCCUUCCAAGAUGCCUAUACUCCCCUUACAAAGGAUCAGCUAGAAGUGCUUCGCCAACAGGUGCUGUCCGAGGGCGAUCUCGUGUCUGUUCAGUCGAGAUUCAACUAUGCUUGGGGCCUAAUCAAAUCAGAUGUGGUUCAUGACCAAAGGCUAGGCGUGAAGAUACUGACAGACGUCUACAAGGACUCUCCACAGAGACGGAGAGAGUGCCUGUACUACCUAGCCAUUGGUACCUUCAAACUAGGUGAUUACGCCGAUGCCAGAAGAUACGUGGAGUCGUUGAUCGCACACGAGCCGGAAAACCAUCAGGCAUUGGCGUUGCAACAGAUGAUUAACGAUAAGAUCGCCAAAGAUGGCCUCAUAGGCAUCGCUCUGGUGUCUGGGCUGGUCGCUGCUGGUGCAACAGCCCUUUCUCUCUUCUUGAGAAACUCCAAGAGACGCUGAAGGGCCCAUGUUUUAUGCUUAUACAAUUCAAAAAA